UGGCGGUUGAAAUUCCAGAGAAGAGAACCAGUUCUCCACGACCCCCAAAAAUCCAAACAGAGCAGAAGGGAAAGAGAAAGAAAAAAGGAAAAAAAAAAUGAGAACAAAGUGACAGAAGGUGUGAAAUACAGCCACACGCACAUACACACACACACAUACACAAAAAACAUACGCAAGCACAGCCAACACAUCAAAACCUAACGGUCUCGGCGUUGAACUCUUAACCAUUCCAAAUUCCAAUCACUGUUAUUGCCCUUUUUUCUUUCUCAUUUUCCUUCUUUCCAAACACCAGACUUCGCAAUCAGAUCGCGGUGUCCUCUGGAAUGCUCUCGAUUCGAUUUGUUACAGGCUUUGUACUCGAUCCUCGGCUUGACAGCUUGAGAGGAAGUUUGGAUUUUGAUUAAAAAAUGAGCACGCAAAAGCAGCAGGUCACGGUUCGUGACCUCGUUGAGGAAGCCAAGAAGCGGAUUGUCAUGCUGGUGAUAUGCGUUGUUGGUUUGUCAUACCUCAUGUCUUUGACAAGCUCGUCUGUCUGGGUCAACUUGCCUGCGGCUGCCUCUUUAAUUGUCAUCCUUCGCUAUCUAUCUCUGGAUCUUGAUAUGCGGAGAAAAGCUGCAGCAUACAAUAACAAAUCAUCCUCAGCCAAUACUCUUUCGCAGAAAAAACCUCUUGAAAGGCCUAAACUUGUUGAAAAGUCCGAGUGGAGAAAGAAAGUGAAUUCCCCUGUUGUUGAGGAUGCAAUAGAUCACUUAAUUAGACAUUUAGUUUCCGAGUGGGUGACAGAUCUCUGGUACUCACGGUUGACACCUGAUAAAGAAGGUCCAGAGGAACUUGUGCGUAUCCUUAAUGGUGUUCUUGGGGAAAUCUCAGCACGCAUGAGGAACAUAAAUCUAAUUCAUCUCCUCACAAGGGAUCUUGUAACUCUCAUUUGUACUCACUUGGAGCUUUUUCGUGCAACUCAAGCAAAGAUUGAAAAGCAACAAUCAGGACUGCUAACAAUUGAACACCGAGAUAUUGAACUAAGACACGUCUUGGCUGCUGAGAACAAAUUGCAUCCUGCUUUGUUUUCUGCUGAAGCUGAGCACAAGGUAUUGCAGCAUAUUGUGGAUGGUCUUAUCUCUUUCACAUUCAAGCCUGAAGAUCUGCAGUGUUCUUUCUUCCGUUAUGUUGCCAGGGAGCUUCUAGCUUGUGCAGCAGUGCGACCUGUCCUAAACUUGGCCAAUCCAAGGUUUAUUAAUGAAAGAAUUGAAUCUUUAGUCAUCAAUAGGGCCAAGUCGAAUAAAGCAGUUACCACUGUGAAUGAGACUGCUCAGCCCAAACCAGAUGGGCCUCCAAAAAUAUCAUCUGAUCAUUUUUCUAGGUUCUUAGAUCCUACUGGAACUGGUGUUGAACUUGUGCAGUUAAAAAGUAAUCAGUCAAGAAGUACUGCAGUUACACCUGCUGCCAAUAAUGUAAAUGGAAAUCUUGCAAAAGAUCCCCUGCUUUCAGUUGAUGCUCGAUCUAACCGAUCAUGGAGUUCAUUGCCUGUGAACUCUGAAACAAGUGAUGAUGGAAAUAUUCAACCACACUGCAAAGGUGGAGAAUGGGGUGACAUGCUCGAUUUGAUUUCUCGUAGAAAAACUCAAGCUCUUGCCCCUGAACAUUUUGAGAACAUGUGGACAAAGGGGAGAAACUACAGAAACAAGGUUGGUGAAAAUCGGUUUGUUGAACAUGUCCCACAGACAAGUGGGAAGUUAGUCCCAGAGAACAAUGUUAAGGCAAUAUCCAAGCCCAAACAAAAGGAAUUUGUCACAAACUUAAAUCCUUCUGGGAGCACUCCCAUACAAUAUGGAUAUGCUGAUCAAUUUAAGGAGGAAAAUAUAUCCAGCCAUGUAGUUCAAAACAUACCUAGCCAUUCUCAGGUUAAUUUAUAUCAAGAAGAUGAUCAGAAAAACAUGAUGCAUUUGGAGGAGGUUGACUCAGGAAGCAGCACCUCAUAUACGUCUGAAGAUGAAGAAAAUGGCAGUGUAACAGGUCUUGAUUCUCCGGUAACUAAGGUUUGGGAUGGUAAAAGUAAUAGAAAUAUGACUAUUUCUCACAUUCACCAUCCACUUGAAAAUUAUGAAGGCCAUAUGCGCAAAAAAACUGGCAAAGGGCAUGUUCACUAUCAAAGAGUAUCUAAAACCCAGUCUGGCCACAAGAGAUCUAGACCAAACAAUCAGAAGGUGCACGUUUGGCAGGAAGUUGAGAGAACAAGCUUCUUGUCUGGGGAUGGACAGGAUAUACUUAAUCCUUUAAAAAGACAUGCAAAUGAUAGGGAUUCUAGUGAUGAUUCUGAGACCGAAAGUUUAGGUAGAAUUUACAGUGGGGCAGCUGCUUCCUCAUCUGCAUCCUCUAUUUCUAUUUCAGAAAGUCAUGGUCUGGGGGUUAAUUCACUGAAAAAUUCGUUGGCUGUGGAUUCAUUUUAUAAGUUGAGAUGUGAGGUAUUGGGUGCAAAUAUUGUGAAGAGUGGCUCAAAAACAUUUGCCGUAUAUUCCAUAUCUGUUACUGAUGUAAAUAAUAAUAGUUGGUCAAUCAAAAGAAGGUUUCGUCAUUUUGAGGAGCUACAUCGGCGUCUCAAGGAGUUUUCAGAAUAUAAUCUUCAUUUGCCCCCUAAGCACUUUCUGUCAACUGGUUCGGAUGUGCCUGUCAUUCAAGAACGUUGUAAAUUGCUUGAUGAUUACUUGAAGAAGCUCAUGGAGCUUCCAACAAUUUCAGGAUCAAUUGAAGUUUGGGACUUUUUAAGUGUUGACUCUCAGACAUAUAUUUUCUCAAAUUCCUUUUCCAUCGUUGAAACCUUGUCAGUUGAUCUAGAAGACAAGCCAUCUGAGAAGAGUAGGAGGGUUUCAAACUAUGGUGGGCUUGUGACUGGUCAUGCCUCCUCGAAGAGAGAUCAUCCAAGCGUGGAAAGUAGGGAGCCUCCAUUACAGAUGCAGAAUAAUGUUUCGACAGAUGGAUUUAGGUUGAAUGCAAAAGGUGUUUCUAGUUCUCCUGUGGGUAAAGAAUAUAAGAAGUCAUUUGACAAAUCUGGCAGUGAUUCAGAAGCUAGAGCACAAACAGGUGCAUCAUCAUGCAGAAACUUGGGCACCACUACGGUGAAGGAGAGAAAGUACAAUGGUUUGGGUGACGCAUCAGAGUUCGUUCUAGAUGCUGCUAAUGACCCAACCCUUCCUACAGAGUGGGUGCCUCCAAAUUUAAGCGUUCCCAUAUUGGAUUUGGUGGAUGUCAUUUUUCAGCUCCAAGAUGGUGGAUGGAUCAGGCGGCAGGCUUUCUGGGUGGCCAAACAAAUCCUACAACUAGGAAUGGGUGAUGCCUUUGAUGAUUGGUUAAUAGAGAAAAUCCAGCUUCUGCGCAAGGGACCAGUGAUUGCUUCAGGGAUCAAGCGGGUUGAGCAGAUACUCUGGCCUGAUGGGAUAUUCCUAACCAAGCAUCCAAAACGACAAACACAAGCAUCUACAAACCCAUCCCCCCUUUCACCUAAAGGUCAGCAGCGUACAGAAGCAUUUUCUCCUAGAAUGACAAAUGAGCAGCAGGAACAAGAAGCACGGCGACGGGCAAAGUUUGUAUAUGAUCUAAUGAUAGAAAAUGCACCAGCUGCUAUAGUCAGUCUUGUCGGUCAUAAAGAGUAUCAACAAUGUGCGAAGGAUCUAUAUUUCUUUCUUCAGUCAUCUGUCUGUUUGAAGCAACUCGCCUUUGAUCUUCUUGAGCUGCUACUCCUGUCUGCAUUUCCAGAGCUGGAUUAUAUAUUUAAGCAAUUCCAUGAAGAGAAGCAUAAAUUUGGAGAGUUUAAAGCACAUUAAUGCGAAUGUUUAUAGAUACAAUUUUCAACAUCAAGCGAUGAUCAUAAAUAUAAUUUUUUUUUUUGGGGGAAUUUUUUCUGGUUCUCUUUGGUUUUUCUGUUGUUCAGGUGCAUAGCCUGAGAAGUGAAUUCUUUUGUUAGAUUGGGUUUUUGCAACUGAAAAAUCAUUGUUUUUGGCAUGCAUGCACCGGUGUCAAAGAUGAAUCAUUUCAUUCAUCGAUCUGAGCGAUUUGUAAUUACACUAUAGCUUCACAGCUUGAGAAAAAUGUACGUAAAAUAGGGAGAUUUUUUCAAAUAUAUAUAUGAUGCUUGUUUCUUC